AACUGAUAAGGUGUGCAAACUAUCCCCAUGAACGACACCACGUAAGUGCAUGACCAAAGUAUAUGUCCUUUUCUUUAGUAAUGUAUUUGUCCUGUUUUCUUUUCUCGUUGCAUGUCAAUAUUCUUUCUUCUAAUCUUCAAUCGCUUAGUAAAGAAAGCGUAGCUCGUAAUCGAUCAAAAGUCGGCCAUUUUUUUUUUCAAAUCUGCGUUUAGCAGAUCCUACAACAUUUUCUAUUCCUGGAUUUAAGACUGUAGAAGCAUGGCCUAGUUAUGGAAUAAAUGCAAAGUAUAAUGAUAAUAAUGUCGAAGCUAAACGUUCUCAUCGGAUUUGUGCUUCUCUGGGUUGGAUUGAUUUCUAAUUCAGGUGUAAAGGGCGAUUGUACUAACGUGUCUGGACAAGACUGCACAGGAACAGAUUGCUGUUUCGAUGACAUACCAGUUCCAUUAGGAACAGGAGGUGGCAUAACCCCUAUACAAGACUGCUAUAGCACUGGAAGUACAGUGGACUACACCUGUAUCGGGAAUCUAAGAGGCCCUCCUAACCAGAAUUGCAACAAUGGAGCAUGGUCUUAUCCAUUCGCUCCAACGUGUGAAGAUGUGGUUUCAUGCCCGCAGCCUGUGGUACCAACAGACGGCAGUAUAAAUCCGGAUGAAACUGAAUAUGAUCUAUAUACACGGAUCAAUUACGCCUGCAACGAAGGUUUUUCACUGGUAGGUCCCGACGAAGCCGUCUGUGAAUCGGGUGGGACAUGGAACCCUUCUACGACACCUUCCUGCGAAGCAAGUUGUGACCAACCAAAUUUAGCAAACGGAUACGUUGAUCCUGAUAAAACAUCUUAUAUGAAUGGAGAGGUGCUCAACUAUGAGUGCAAUAUAAAUUAUACACUGGUCGGAGUUUCUACAACAACUUGCCGCAAUGGGGUCUACGAUCCCUCAGCGUUACCAACCUGCUACAGUAUGUGCAGUCCACCUGUGGUUGAAAACUCGGACUACAAUGUGCAACAACUACCGGUCGACCACGCCUCCACGAUUACGAUAGAAUGUGACCAGGGAUACUCAACCGGAACCGGUACCGACCAAGACUUGACAUGUAAUGACGGCAAUUUUAACGACGAUCCGCCAGUAUGUUAUGAGAACUGUUCGCCACUGACUGGAACAUUUGACAACGGUGCUCGUUCUGGAGACACUACACCUUUCUACCACGAUGAACAGGUGUCAUACAGUUGUAACAAUGGCUACAGCUUGGUUGGCGCCCCCGUCAUUGUAUGUAACGAUGGCAAUUGGACUGAUGACGAACCUGUCUGCAAAGAAAAUUGUGUUGUGGACGAGGUGCCUUAUUCCGAUUAUUCAUCUGGUCGCACGGUUAUACACGGUACUAUUUUUAAUGUAACUUGCGAUAACGGCUAUUCAACGGGUACAUCAAGAGCGACAGAGCUUUCUUGUGAUGACGGUACCUUAUCUCCAGGACUCCCUACAUGUUACGGAGAUUGCACACCACCUACGGUGCCUUACUCCGACUACAGGAUCCAAAAACCAGACGUCUUCCACAACACUGUACUCACGCUAUCCUGUUGGGGCAACUAUUCCCUCGACGCAGACUCACAGAGCACUAAUCUCUCGUGUAAUGAUGGGAAUUUCGAGGAGGAUACCCCUACAUGCUAUGAAAACUGCCCUGAGAUUUCUGCUCCGGACGACGGUGUAAUAACAGAUGGAGCAAGUCCCUUCUACCACUUGGAGGAGGUCAGCUUUGAAUGCAAUGAGAACUUCACCCUGAUCGGCCCAUCAGAUAUCACGUGCGAUGGCGGAUCAUUCGAUAACAGUCCUCCGAUAUGUUCGGCUCAAUGCAAACCACCGGUCAUACCAAAUUCAAACUCGACAUCAUCAUCGCCCCUCCUCGAAUCAGGAUCCAACAUAACUGUGGUAUGUGACGACGGAUACUCUAAUGGUCAGUCACGAAGCACCACAUCAACCUGUGACAGUGGAGAGCUGCAACCCGCAGUACCUCUUUGCUAUGCGGACUGUACGCCACCCGUCGUGCGCGACUCUAACUACGACACGCAGGAGGAUGACGUGUUCCAUUCUACGGAGAUCCUCAUCACCUGCGACGCCGGGUACUCUACCGGUAUAAGCACGACGACAACGUUAACAUGCAUAGAUGGGGGUUUCAAUGAGACAGUACCUGUCUGCUAUGCUGACUGUACUCCACCAGUCGUGCCUUAUUCCGACUACCAAUCACAGCGACCUGCUGUCUUCCAUGACACCGAGUUCAUCAUCCAAUGUUGGUCCAACUAUUCUACGGGACCAGACUCACAAAAAACUACAGUCACCUGUGAGAAUGGCACAUUGAGUAACGACGAUGUCACCUGUUUUGAAAAUUGCGAAGUUCCAUUGGUGGAAGAUUCGGACUACAGCGAGCAGGAAGAUGAUGUGUUCCAUUUAGUCACUUUCAACGUUACUUGCGAUGAUGGUUACUCAAACGGUGAUGACAUUUAUACGACUUUGACAUGUACCAAUGGUGAUUUGAAUGACGCUGAUCCAAUCUGCUAUGAGAAUUGUCCUGAUUUUGGGAUCAUCGAAGACGGCUCGUAUACUGGCGACGCCCCUCCCUUUUACCACAAUGAGUCAGUAUCAUUCACCUGUAACACCAAUCACACACUGAUUGGCAGUGAGACACUAAUAUGCACUGAUGGCAAUUGGAGUGCACCUAUUCCAUCUUGCAAAGCGGACUGCCUUCCUCCAGUGAUAGCCAACUCAAACUAUAACACCAGCAAUCAUCAGGUAAAUCAUGAUACAACCAUCGAAAUUACAUGCGACACGGGGUAUUCUACCGGUGAAAACACGACGCAGCUCAUUCAGUGUAUCGACGGCGAUUUCAGUCCCGAGCCACUCCAAUGUCUACGCGAUUGCACACCGCCGAUCGUAGAAAACUCCGACUACGCUGCGCAAGUGGAUCCUGUUUUCACAUCCCAGUCGUUCGUCAUAACGUGUAACGCAAAUUACACGGUAGGAGACGGUGACUCAACCGCAACGACAACGCUGAUGUGUGACGAUGGUGAACUCAAUGAACAGAACGUCACAUGUUACGCAAACUGCCCAGACCCAGGCCAACCCAUCGACGGCGAAUACGAACUCAUCGGUGAUGGGUUCUACCACGGUACGGUAGUUUAUUACUAUUGUGAUGCUCGUUUCGAACUCGAAGGUGAGAGUGAACUCGUAUGCGAUGACGGAGAAUGGUCAAGCCCUGCCCCGAAUUGUACAGAUAAGUCAUCCUAUGACCUGAUCAUGCUCACCUGCGGCUCGACCAGCAUGGAAGUCGAGAUCCCAGUGAUACUACUCGAAGACAUUAACGUGGACGACAUCGGGAUGGAAGGGGGUCUGAGUUGCGCUGGUUACAUCGACGGUGACAUGAUGAGGGUUAACACGUCUCUCUCUGGAUGCGGCACCAAUAAAACGGAAAAUUCCACCUAUGACACGUACACGAACCGCGUUGUCAACAAUUACUAUGAUGACGUGAUUACCAGAGUGGUUGAUAUCCAGAUUCCCCUGAAAUGCUCAUACCCCAGAAAUGAGGAGGUGCGGGCUGUCCGCUACGCAGUCCUUGAUUACGUUCUAGGAAAGAACUUGGAAGAAACGGGGACGUAUAAGAUGACGUUCGGCAUCUACAACACUUCGCUUUUUACGCAUCGGUACGCGGAUGGCGGAGCGGUUGACCUCGAUAUCAACGACAAGUUAUUCUUUCAGCUGCAGCUCGUCACCGAUGUCGCCGACAACUUUCUGGUUGCAGACCAGUGUUGGGCCACGCCUUCGGAAGACUCCGAAGAUUCCACGAGCCAUGCCUUGGUGGAUGAAGGGUGCGCAAGUGAUGACACACUGAAGUUCCGAACAGGAUAUGAAAAUGGAGAAGGCACGACUGUUCAGUUUGAACUUAGAUCGUUUAGAUUUGUUGAAGACGACGACAAAGAGGUUUAUGUCCACUGCGAAGUAUUUGUCUGCCAUGAGGGGUCCACGGAUUCAUUCUGUAACUUUAACUGCGAUUCCUCGCGCAAACGUAGACACUCGGACUAUCAUCUAAGCGGUUGGGAGCGUGCCAAGCUAAGAGGAGAACUGUUGAAUAAAACCAUGUUGAAUGGGGGAGGUGAACGAGAGAAGAGAGCAAGCGUGCAUCAUGACCCCGUUGUCAAGUUCGUGAAGGCUGGCCCUUUCAGAUGGAAUGUCGGCGUUGGCGGAGCUCCUCAACUCCAUGCUGUUCCGCUAGCAGCCUUCUUGUGA